UAGCCAUCCAGGUGGGAGGGACCUGGGCAGGGAGCACUGAUGGGGGAACGAAAGGGCGGGGGUGGGGGUCAGGGAAGCUUCUGGAAAACACUUGCCUUGAUGUAAACUAAGAAAUAAUUGGUUCAAGGCUCAGCACAAAGGAUCUUUGCGGUGCACAGGGAAGGAUGCCUAUGGAGGUGGUGGUGGAGCUCCAAAUCCGGGCGAUUUCUUGCCCGGGAGUGUUCCUGCCGGACAAGGAAGCUGUGUACCUCGGAGUCUACCUUCUGAAUCAGUACCUGGAGACAGACUGCUUUCCCUCUGUGUUCCCUAUUGUGAUUCAACAGAGCAUGAGAUUUGAAAAGGUAUUUGAAGAGGCAACAGAUCCUGGAGCUGUCGCAGAAAUUUUAGAAAACUUCCUAACCAGAUUUGAACUAGUACAGCUAGUAUCUCCAGCAUGGGAAGAGUUGGCCUACUAUGAAAAAAACACCCGAGAUUUCCUAUUCCCUGAGCCCAAGCUGGCAUCCUCACACCCUGGCAUGCAGAGGGAGGUGCUCAUGAAGACAGCUAUUUGGUUUCCAGGCAUUGCUCCCAAACUAGAGUUUUCUACAAGAACAGCCAUCCGAGAAUGUGUGUUCCCAUCUAAAAACAGAUUUUAUUGUGAAGAAAGUUGUAAACUGCAAAGGUCUUUCUCGAAAUCACAUGAACAGAGAGUCCAGGCAAAUAACAGGAAAAAGAAGCCAAAGGAGAAAAAUGCUGAGCAAGGCCCCAAAGGCACACAGUCCCAGGCGUCCUCCCCUCAACGCCUCCAUCUCCAUCGACCAACUCAGCGGACCCACGGAAAAAGCUUCAAGUUCCUGGGAGAAGUGAAACCUCCAUUUGUGGUGGACAGUGGAAACCCCUUUGGUGAAAAUAAUUUGGAGCACCAUUCACAGAAGUCCAGAAGAAAACCUAAGUUACCAAGCUUAGAUCUUUCGAAGAAAAGAGCAUCUUCUCUUGACAGCCUCGAGGCGAACAUAAAGGUUGUCAAAGAGCCAGAUGAGCGCAUUGUCUUAAAGAGUCAGCCACCGCCACCUUUAGAUCCAUGUGAGUACAGAAAGCUCUCGCUCAGUCACAAAGAAGAUGGCGAUUUCCACACAGAAACUUCAGUUGCCGCCUCCCAACUCUCCAACCCUCCCAGCCCUCUGGGUCAGCCUCUUCUCCAAGAAGGGUUCCAGCCUUGUUCUCAAUCCACGUGGCAGAAGAUCCAUGAGAGUAUGCCCAGACUUCUGACAUCCCACAGAGUUCACCUAAAGGAAGACUUUACCUUUGAAACAAGUUCUAUCCACGAAAGACCAAGCUACCCUCUGAAGAAACACUUACUGCAUGAGCAGAGAUAUUUUUUAACUCCCAUCUCAUGGGAACAACGUGAAUGAAGGAUGAAGAGUUCACUCAUCUAGACACUGGCAUGCGAACAGCAUCCCCUGUUGUCUGGGUUGACUUACUGGUGCCUAGCCCUUGUUAAUUCAAACUUUAUACUCGGUCUUUUGUGCCCAAGGUAAGAAUUGUUGAUUAAAUUCUGUCUGGGGCUUUCACUUGUCACCUGGA